AUGUCGGCGGACGAGGAGGAGCUGAAAGUCCCGGAGGAGAUGUUCAAAGAUGUCAAGUUCUUCGUGGUGGGAGAUAUCGACCCCAAGGUUAUUCAACUUCUGAAAGCUGGGAAAGCAAAGGAAGUUUCUUACAAUGCACUGGCUUCACAUAUUAUUUCAGAAGAUGGGGACAAUCCAGAAGUUGGAGAAUCUCGUGAAGUUUUUGAUCUCCCUGUGGUAAAGCCUUCCUGGGUCAUCUUGUCUGUUCGCUGUGGAGCUCUUCUGCCUGUAAAUGGCUUUUCUCCAGAAUCGUGUCAGAUCUUUUUUGGAGUCACUGCCUGCCUUUCUCAGGUUUCAUCUGAAGACCGAAGUACGCUGUGGGCUUUGAUUACUUUUUAUGGAGGGAAUUGCCAGCUGAGCCUCAAUAAUAAGUGUACUCAUUUGAUUGUGCCUGAGCCAAAGGGGGAAAAAUAUGAAUGUGCUUGUAAACGGGACAGCAUUAAAAUUGUGACACCAGACUGGGUACUGGAUUCUAUAGCUGAUAAGACUAAAAAAGAAGAGACUCCGUAUCAUCCUCGUUUAAUUAUAUAUGAGGAGGAAGAGGAGGAGGAGGAGGAAGAGGAGGAAGAAGCAGAAAAUGAAGAACAAGAUUCUCAAAAUGAAGCUAGUACUGAUGAAAAAUUAUCAAGCCCAGCAUCUUCUCGAGAAGGAUCACCUUUGGGUGAUCAAGUUUUUUCACCAAAAUCUACUACAGCUGAUAAGGCAAAAGGGGAACUGAUGUUUGAUGAUUCUUCAGAUUCCUCUCCAGAAAAGCAAGAAAGGAAUUUGAAUUGGACACCAGCUGAAGUCCCACAGGCAUCUGCAGCAAAGCGUAGGUUGCCUCAAGGGAAAGACUCUGGGUUAAUUAAUUUAUGUGCCAAUGUCCCACCAGUGCCAGGUAAUAUUUUGCCUCCGGAUAUGAGAGGCAAUCUAAUGGCUUCAGUACAAGGUGCCCAAAGUUCUGAUCGACAGGAAAUGAUGGCUACGUGGAGUCCAGCCGUGCGGACAUUAAGGAAUAUUACUAAUAGUGCUGAUAUUCAGCAGAUUAAUAGACCAUCAAAUGUAGCACAUAUAUUACAAUCACUUUCAGCACCUACAAAAAGUUUAGAACAACAAGUAAAUCAUAGCCAACAGGGACAUCCAAAUGCAGUGCUGUUUAGUCAAGUGAAACUAACACCAGAGACACAUUUAUUACAGCAGCCACACCAAGCACAGCAGCAACAGCACCAUCCUCUUUUACACCUUCAACCUCAACAACUUAUGCAGCUACAACAGCAGCAGCAGCAACAACCCCAGAUUUCACAGCAGUCUUUCCAACAGCAACAGCCUCAUCAGUUUUCACAACAGCAACAGCAAGUUCAUCAGCAGCACCAGUUCGCACAACAGCAGCUUCAGUUUCCACAGCAGCAGUUACAUGCUCAACAGCAGCUACACCGUCCUCAGCAACAGCUCCAAUUCCAACAGCAGCAUGCUUUGCAACAGCAACUUCAUCAGUUGCAGCAGCAGCAGCUACAGCAGCAACAGUUGCAGCAGCUACAGCAACAGAAUCUGCAACAACAACAGCUGCAACAUCAGCAGCAGCAAAUACAGCAGCAGCAAUUGCAGCAGCAGCACUUACAGCGAUUACACCAACAGCAUCAGCAACAGCAAAUGCAGAAUCAGGCAACACAACACUUAACUCAGACAUCUCAAACACUACAGCAUCAAGUUGCAGCCCAGCAGCCACACCACCACCAGCAGCAACAGCAACAACUGCAACAGCAGCCGCUCUUUGGACAUGAUCCAGCAGCAGAGAUUCCAGAAGAGUAUUUCCUACUGGGCUGUGUCUUUGCAAUUGCUGAUUACCCAGAACAGAUGUCUGACAAACAGCUGUUAGCGACCUGGAAACGGAUCAUUCAAGCACAUGGUGGGACAGUGGACCCUACCCUUACAAGCAGAUGUACACAUCUUCUUUGUGAAAGCCAAGUCAGUAACAUGUAUGCUCAGGCUUUAAGAGAAAGGAAGAGAUGUAUUACAGCACAUUGGCUGAACUCGAUCUUGAAGAAGAAGAAAAUGGUACCACCUCAUCGAGCCCUUCAUUUUCCAGUGGCAUUUCCACCAGGAGGAAAGCCAUGCUCUCAACAUAUAAUCUCUGUGACAGGAUUUGUUGAUAGUGACAGAGAUGACCUCAAACUAAUGGCCUACCUAGCAGGUGCCAAAUACACAGGCUAUCUGUGUCGCAGCAAUACAGUUCUCAUCUGUAAAGAACCCAGUGGCUUGAAGUAUGAGAAAGCUAAAGAGUGGAGAAUACCAUGUGUAAAUGCGCAAUGGCUCUGUGACAUACUGCUAGGAAAUUUUGAAGCUUUACGGCAGAUACAGCACAGUCGGUAUACAGUAUUCAGUCUUCAAGAUCCACUUUCUCCUAGUCAACAUCUAGUUUUAAACCUUCUGGAUGCUUGGAGAGUCCCAUUAAAGGUAUCACCAGAACUUCUCAUGGGUGUGAGGUUGCCUUUGAAACCAAAGCAAAAUGAAUCCAGUCUUCAGCCAUCUUCCAAAAGAGCAAGGAUUGAAGACCUACCACCACCUACUAAAAAACUCACCCCAGAAUUGACACCAAUGGUGCUCUUCACAGGAUUUGAGCCUAUGCAAGUUCAACAGUACAUUAAGAAACUGUAUAUCCUUGGAGGUGAAGUAGCAGAAUCUGCCCAGAAAUGUACCCAUCUAAUUGCCAGUAAAGUGACCCGAACCGUCAAGUUCCUGACAGCAAUUUCUGUAGUCAAGCACAUAGUCACUCCAGAGUGGUUAGAAGAGUGUUUCAAAUGCCAGAAGUUUGUUGAUGAGCAGAACUUUGUGCUCAGAGAUGCUGAAGCUGAGGUGCUAUUCUGCUUUAGUUUAGAGGAGUCUCUAAAGAGAGCACAAGUAGCUCCACUGUUCAAGGGAAAAUAUUUUUACAUUACACCUGGAAUUUGUCCCAGUCUUUCCACCAUGAAAGCUAUUGUGGAAUGCGCAGGAGGAAAAGUAUUAUCAAAACAACCUUCUUUUCGAAAACUCAUGGAGCAUAAGCAGAAUAAAAGUUUGCCAGAGAUAAUCUUGAUUUCCUGUGAAAAUGACCUUCAUUUAUGUCGAGAAUAUUUCGCAAGAGGCAUAGAUGUCCACAAUGCUGAGUUUGUCCUGACUGGAGUACUUACUCAAACACUGGAUUAUGAAUCAUAUCCUUUUUGUGUAAAGGCUGUCCGCUGCUUAGGGAAGUGUGGUACUAAAAGUUUUUUCUGA